CGCAGCUCCGCGGCUAGCAGCCCGCACUUCCGGCGGGCGAGGCGCGAGGCGAGCACCGUGGCGGCCUGCGCGAAGGAAAUUCUGAGUUGCGUCACUCUGGGAUAUGAGACCUUAGUUCAGAAGGCAGUAGGAUCUCUUGACGAGACAUUUGCCUGCUUACCAUGAGGUUAGGAAAGCCCAAAGGGGGUAUUUCUCGAAGCGCAAGCCAAGGAAAAACCUACGAGAGCAAGCGCAAGACAGCCCGCCAGCGACAGAAAUGGGGGGUGGCCAUUCGCUUCGACUCAGGCUUGAGUCGACGGAGAAGAAACGUGGAUGAGAAGCCUUACAAGUGUACUAAAUGCUCCAAGAGUUUCAGUCAGAGCUCCACGCUUUUUCAGCAUAAGAAGAUCCAUACUGGGAAGAAAUCUCAUAAAUGUGCCGAUUGUGGGAAAAGUUUCUUUCAGAGUUCUAACCUCAUUCAGCAUCGGCGGAUCCACACUGGGGAAAAGCCCUAUAAAUGUGACGAGUGUGGAGAGAGAUUUAAGCAGAGCUCCAACCUCAUCCAGCACCAGAGGAUUCACACCGGCGAGAAGCCCUAUUGCUGCGAUGAGUGUGGCCGGUGCUUUAGCCAGAGUUCCCACCUCAUUCAGCACCAGAGAACCCACACCGGAGAGAAACCCUACCAGUGUGAGGAGUGUGACAAGUGCUUCAGCCAGAGCUCCCAUCUGAGGCAGCACAUGAAGGUGCACAAAGAAAAGAAGCCACAUAAACGGGGCAAAAAUGCCAGGGUGAAAACUCACCCGGUGUCCUGGAAAAGGGGCAAAGGGAGGAAGGCGGUGGCUGGGAUCCGCCAGGUAAAGGGAGCCACUUCCAGCCUUUUUAAAAAGAAGAAGUGAAAGGUAGAGGUGAAAGCCACUCCUAAGAGAGGAUGCUUUACAGUAGAGCACUUAGAUACCGCGCCUCCCUAGCAUGGAGACUUCAGGAGUUUCAUGACAAUGGGCUGAAACUCUGAGUCUAGCUGCCCUCAAUUCCUUUAAAAAUAAAUAAAUUUAUGUGACAUGGAGCAGAAAGAACUGAAACAAUAGUUUGGUAAGAAUUUAAUAUCCUUAGCCUCGGCUGACAUCUCUUCCCUCCAUUUCGAUAAAAAACAUCAUGUUUUCAUGAUCCACUGGUGUGCCAAUGAUAACUCUUUAUUUUUAGGAAUUUCUGAAUACGAAAUCAUUAAAGAAAGAAGGAAUGAGUUUUCAGAUUCUAGGAUCGACUAUAUUUUAUGUUUUUAAUGUUUUGUAGUUUAUUAACCAUUAGUAUCAGCAUUGACUCAGUAUUUGACAUAGUAAAAUGCAUUCAAGUUCAUAGAUUUUGUUUUGGUUUUUUUAUUAGUGUAUAUUGUACGAAGUAAUGAGUUUCAUUUUCUCUAAUGUGUACGACGCAUCUGUAUGAUGUGCUUUGACCACACCCACCCGUUACCCUCGCCCCACCUCCUCCUGGUCCUCCUUUUCCUCCCAGAGUUCCCCUCCACUUAAAAUGUUGCCCCUAGAUUCUGUGAAUGAAAGACAACGUAUUUGGUUAUUUUUCCGCAUCCACUUUCCUGUGUUUACCGUAAUUUUCUAGUUCAAUCCAUUCUUCUCCAGGCAACAGGAUUUUGGCUUUUCUUUUUCGACUCACAGUUUAUUGUGGUGUUUGAGGACUUUAGCGACAACCCGCUUUUGUUUGUUUCUUUCCUUCUGCUAUGUUAGUAAAGGGUGAGAAGGUCUCCAUAUGGCUUUUUUUGGUUGUUUUUUUUUUUUUUUUUUAAACCAUAUUCUUAGAGAUGUAAAAGCAUCCAAAGUGAGAACCUGCAGACCUCCUCCUCCUGACACCACUCCUUGCAAUGCUGGUGCUGUCACUGUUCUGUCACUUGCUUUCUUGAAAUGGGAAUGGUUUGUGUUGAAUCAUGCCAGUGGCCUCACAGCGUCUGCAUGAAUAAACUGUUACCAAGAAACCUCGACUUACUUCCAGCUAGAGGACUACAAUGUCAUAGACUGAGCUUUGAACCACUGACUGAAACAGAUGUUGGUCUACAAGUUACUGGCCAGCACACUGUAGCCCUGUUAGAACUUAGCUUUUUUUUUUUUUUUUUUUUACUUUCUAGCAAUUGUUUAUGAAGAGUAGGAUACAUCCUUCUUCCAAUGUCAAGCAUAUGUUCCUGAUCAGCCUUCAGUUCACUUUUGUUUAUUGAAUGCUAAUGUUUUCUGAUUUUUAUAAUAUCAGUUCUUCCUGUAUUAAUGACAAUUAUCCUUAAAAAUAAAGAUUGAGAUAGUUUCGCAUA